AUGUCCGUGACGCUCCAUACAGACGUUGGUGAUAUCAAACUUGAAAUAUUUUGUGAAGAAUGCCCUAAGGCUGCUGAGAACUUCUUAGCUCAUUGUGCACAAGGAACAUAUGAUGGUACGAAGAUAUUACGAAGCAUCAAAAGCUUUAUUGUCCAAUUUGGAGAUCCGACCAAUACAGGAAAAGGUGGUGAAUCGAUAUGGGGUAGUUAUUUUGAAGAUGAAUUCAAUGAAAGCUUGAGGCACUCACAACGAGGCGUCUUAUCAAUGGCUAACACCGGACCUAACACAAAUGGUUCACAAUUUUUUAUCACUUAUGGAAAACAUAACACCUUAGAUGGGAAGUACACUGUGUUUGGAAAGACAUUGAUCGGUGCAGAAAGUAGUUCAGAUUCCACAUUGUCAAAGUUAGAGACUUUAGAAGUUGAUAAAAAAAAGAGACCUAAGAGCCCCGUUCACAUCCAAAAAGUCACCAUUCAUGCUAAUCCUAUUGCUGAGAAAUUUGGGAAUUGA